UACCAUCGUAUCUGAUUUGAUUACGCUACACGUGUUCUGAUGAGCACAUUAAGAGAUGUUGAUAGCGCUGAUCACAUUGUUUGGAGCCUGUACAGCGGAGUGGAGUAUAGAUCUGGAGUACACACUAAAUAAUCUGGAAGACGUUUAUCCAUUGGGUAAAAUUGAGUUACGGCGGUCAUAUGAUGGCAAUUUCACAGGAUUGUUCCAAGCGGCACCUGGUUCACGUUUGUCUGAAAGGAUGAAUGGCGAUCCCAGAUCUGAUUAUGUGGUGCUAGCCAAAAGUUCCACUCAACCCAACGAUCAGCUGCUAUCAACAAGCAAAACAUGCUUGCUACUGCAGUCCAAACUUUUCCACGUUUUCUGGUUGUCAGUUGAUGCAGAGCGUCAACUUCUCCAGUCUUUUACGGUCUUCCCGGACUCCUUAGCUGCUGGUGAUACUCCGCUUGAUUCAAAGGCGCUUUGUUCAGAAAAUGCUGUUCCCGCAUCUGUGCAGCCAAAUGCCGUUAUACAUAUAACAACGAAAGGAGUGCUACCAACGCCUGAUACCCAACUAUUCGUGCAAAUGAUGGAAAAAGAACGAAGAUCUCGGCAACAUGGUGCAGAAGCAGACGACCGCAGUUUUUUGGCCAAAUAUUGGAUGUACAUCGUGCCCGUUGUGAUUUUCGUCGUGAUAUCGAAUGCUAUGACACCAGAAGGCGGGGGUGAACAAUAACGAUGAUAUGAGCUGAUGUAGUUAGUCUUUCAAUUACUCACACGUUUUAGAACUUUUACAUUGCUCGAUUUUGUACGUUCUCAUUAAUUUUAUGAUUGUUUUAUUUUGCAAAGGUCGCAAACAGUCUGUGAUUUUCUAUCAGACUUGA